CGAAAAUCAACUAAGUCCCAACGAUAACAUAGGUGGUGGUGACUUUGUUCCCUCUUCCUCUCUUCUUCUUCUUCUUCCAACAAUUUCCCAAUCAAAUCAAAAUCAACUCUUUUUCUUCAUCUUCUCUCUCUAAUGGUUCUUCUUGAAGCUUCCAAGUUAACCCUUCCAACCCCAUCUUCUCUCUCUUCCCCACACACAACAACAACAACUUCCAUUCUCUUUGAACCCACUACUCUUUCCCUUGCAAUCACUCACUCUAACUCUUCAAUUUCUCUCUUCCCUUCUUUUUCACCUCUCUCUCUUUCUUCUUCUCUUCAAUUUCCACAAACCCUAAUUCCUAAACCUUCGUCUUCCUCCACUUUUCUAAUUCUUCAACAAUCCCCAAUUUCGACUAACCCUAAUUCUGUUAUCUUUCUCGUUUCUGGCCCCCACCGUGCCGGUUCUCAAAUUCUCCUCCGUUUUUACCUUCUUAAUAGAACCACCAACUGUUUUUCUAGGGUUAAUCGUAUUUCAUGUGGGUCACAAUCAGAAAGUGGGUUUCUUAGGUUUGAACCUGAAUUGGGGGUUUUGAUGGAUGCCAAACAUGGGGUUUCUGUUAAGGUUGUUGGUUCUGUUAACUAUUUCGCGGUUUAUUCGGUUUCGAGUUUUAAAGUUUGGGUUUUUGCUGUUAAGAUGGUGGAGGAUGAAGAUGGUGGUGGUUUGAGAUUGAUGAAGUGUGCUGUGGUUAGGUGUUCCAGACCGGUUUGCUCUUUGAGUAUUUCGUUUGGGUUUUUGGUUCUUGGAGAAGAGAAUGGGGUUAGGGUUUUUGGGCUGAGGAGGUUGGUGAAAGGAAAAAUGGUUGUCAGGAGAGUUGGGAAUUCGAAUUCGAAUUCAAAAUUGGGUUUGAAGCAAUUGCAAAAUGGUGAUCAUCAUGGGAAGUAUAAAGGCGUGGGAGAUCGUGGAGGGAAAACCCGUGGUGGUGGUGAUGAGGCAACCUGCAAUGGUGGAUUGGAGGGGAAGAAUGAAAAACAUGGAGUUGCUGUAAAGCAAACAAUUGUUAAAUACAAACAUGACAACAAAGAUGGAGGUGCAUGCUUUUUGGCAUUGAAGGGAAAUGAGGUUGAAACAAAAUCCAUGCCAAAGGUAUCCAAAUCUGUAAAGGCUAUUUCCAUUAAGGCUCUGUCCCAGAGGAUGUUUCUGAUUUUGGAUUCCCAUGGGGAUUUACAUUUGCUAUGCCUGUACAAUUCUGGCCUUGGAGUCGAUAUCACUGGUCAUGUGAAGCAGCUACCCCGUGUUAUGAAAGUGCAAAGUCUGGCAGUACAUCUUGAUGAAUCUACAACAUCACAGACUAUCUGGAUAUCAGAUGGAUGCCAUUCUGUGCACAUGUUCACGAUGGACACGGAUAAUGCUUUAAAUGAAGCAGAUGGAAAUGAUGGUGAUGAAAAAAAGCCUAUGCAUUUCCCAGUUACUCAAGUUCUUUUCUCCAGUGAGAAGAUCCAAGAUAUCAUUUCUAUAUCUGCAAAUUCCAUUCUGAUUCUUGGACAAGGAAGCUUAUAUGCACAUGCAAUUUCCUGAAGUUGUUUCUGUUUUUCAUCUCUUUCAUCUGGAAAUCAAUCAUCUUGCCCACCUUGACGAUCUAAUGCAAACUUGUGUGGUUCCAGGAUACAUUAUAUCUUUCAUAUUAGGUGGUCUGGUUGCCUCACCAUGUAGUGCAUCCUUAAGAUACUUGAGAGAUCCUGAAAGAUUAUUACCAGGCUCAUGAGAUUGGUUAAUAUCCUCGUGGUCGACAAUUCUGGUUCUGCGUUAUUCAACAGCUUAAUGUCAUCUGUCCUGCAAAACCUGUCACAGCAAACAGCAGGACUGCAUGAUUCAAACAAAUAUGGUAUCUGUUCAUCCUACUUGUUUAAUGCCAAUCUUCUUGAGGUUGGCUGAAAUCAUGGUUUUCUAGCCGAAGGACUAAGCAGGGUUUUGAUACAGAAGGCAUGGCAUAGUCUUGGCAUUUUUGCUGCUCUUGUUGGAAUAAUAUUUAUUUGAUUGCAAUUUUCUCAUUCUAGCUUUGUUUGGUUAUAUUUAUAAAACAUCUUCUGUGGAGUUUGAGUUUUUAUUUUAUUGUUGAUGUAAUAAUUAAAUUAAUAUUUUGAUGGCCUAUUAUGUUUUGUUGUCUUUCCUUGUCAAUCUGUAUAAUUUUAAUGUUUUUUUCAGUUAUGAUGAAUUUAUAGUUUAUUUUAA